AAAAAAAUGCAAGUAGCUCAUGAUAUUACAGAUUUUCAGGACGGCGAAGAACGCAUUUUAGUUUUAAAAGACUCAAGCAUUCUUGAAAAUGAAGAGGAAGGUGAUCAGCUAGUUUCAGUACAACUUGAAGAACAACAAAAGCUUAAGAAGAAUUUAGAAAAUAAAAAGAAAAAACCAAUUUAUACUGGUUAUGAUGACGAAGAAUUUAAUUUUGGAGGAGGAGGAAUACCUAAAAAGAAUUUCUUAUCACAUUAUGAUGAGGAAAUUGAAGGAAAUAAGAGAAUGGGUUUUAAAUUAGGAAACGAUGGUACUGUUCAAUUAGAUGAAGAUGAACGAAGGAAUAAAGUAGCAGAGAACUUAAAGUCAAGAUCAAUUUCUUUGUCUUAUGAUAAGAUGAUUGAAAUUAAAGAUUAUUAUACUAAAGAAGAAUCUGAAAUAACUUUCAAGAAACCAAAGACUAAAAAGAAGAAGAAAGUAAGGAAGAAGGUUGUUGAUGACGAAGACGAACAAACAGUAAAUGAUCCUAAUACAAUGGAAAUUGAUAAUUCACCUUCUGUAGUAACAUCAAACCAAGCUAGAAGACAAAAUUUUGAUGAUGUUAGUUUUGUUGAUGAUGAUGAUCUCCAACAGGCUUUAGCUAGAGCAAGAAAAAUGGCAACAAGAAAAGUAACAAAAACAAAUGUUGAAGAGAUUGCUAGAAUUUUGACAGAAACUAGAGAUGAAACAAAUGAAGAUAAUGAGACACCUGGAGAAGGAUUAGUAAUCUCUGAUACAUCAGAAUUUGUUAGAUCUCUUACUGUUGCUCCAACAAUAACUAAACCUGUUGAAGCUGAACUUGAUAUACAAGAUCAACAAUCUAAUUCUGAACCUGUGGAUCAAGAAAAAGAAGAAGUUGAAACAUAUGAUGUUGUAAUGGAUGAAGUUACAGAAGAGAAAAAAGGUGGUUGGAAAGAGGCAGGAAAUAUAGAGGAUAGUGAUAUGGCUCAUAUUCAAGAUGAACCAAAAUUAACUGGCGUAGUUGAAGAAGAACCUUUGGUUAGUAGUGGUAUGGCCGCAACAUUAGCCCUUUUACAACAGAAAGGUUUUUCAAUUAAACCCAAUGAAGAGCAGCUUGAAAAAGAACGAAUCCAAAGAGAGCGACAAAAAUGGCUUGCUGAACAACGUAAAAAAGAUCAAGAAAGACAAAAUGAAAGGGAAAAGGAAAAACAAAAAGCAAAAGAAAAAGGAUAUCGUGGCGGUGGUCGAGAUAGUGAAAGUAGUUAUAGAGAUCGUGAGCAUCUGCGAGAAAUGGAAGCAAGGUUCAAAGAUUAUAAACCAGAUAUUAAUUUGGAAUAUGUUGAUGAAUUUGGUAAUCAACUUACACCAAAAGAAGCAUUUCGACAAUUAUCACAUAAAUUUCAUGGAAAAUCUUCUGGAAAAGCUAAAACAGAAAAACGUCUCAAGAAGCUUGAAGAAGAACGUAAGCUUAAAGCUAUGAGUAGUAUUGAUACGCCAUUGAAUAUGGCUACGGCUUUGCAAGAGAGGCAAAAGGCUAGUGGAAGUGCACAUGUUGUAUUGUCUGUUGGUAAUAGAGCUGUAGUUCCUCCAAGCAUGACAUUAGGUAAUAAUGGAAAACACUCGGGAUCUUCCAAGGCAUCUGGAACUGCCUCAAUAAGUAGUUCCAGUAUUAUUACAGUAAAUGGUGGAUUAACAGGUCAAAGUAUGAAUGCACCUGAAAGAGAAAAGGUAACAUUUGGAUUGAAACGAAAAGCUGAACAAGAAAUGGAAAAGCCAUCCAAGAAAUCUAAGGAUCAAUAAUUUUUCUGAAUUUAUAGAUUUUUAUAAUAAUGUUAUUUA